GCCCUCCCGGCCGGUGGUUGCGCCCACUCCACAAAAGAAGAUGGGAACUAGAGAAAAAGCCAAAAGGAGGCCCUAAAAAAAUGGGGAAGCACGAGAGGCGGGAGGUUGGAAUCGACGGCGCUCAGUCAAUCUGCGGAUUGUUGAAUAGGGGAUUGCAGAUUUUCCUUCGACCAUUGCAGUCUUGCUUGGCUGACAUUCCGGAAAAAUUUCGCAGUUUCUGCUUGCUGGGCAGAAAGCAUUGAAUGCUAUUAAUAACUUCUCAUGGUUGGUCGUCGAGUUUAGGAACAUGAUGUCGGAAUGUGAAGAACUGGAAACAUUUUUCCUGAAUCCUUUAAUCUUGCUAUCAGAUCUUUUGAUACCAGACAUACCCUCAAGUCUCGAGUGAUUCGUCUACCACAAUGGCGUCAAUGGAUACGAACAAGGAAAAUGUCCCCAAAAGGAGCAGAGAGUUUUUCGUAAUUGAUUCGGCUGGAAUUCGAUCAAAACUAUCUUACGCUGCCCUCCUUGAUCACUUCCAAGCAUCUCUUCCAUCGGCUACAGAGCUAGUUCGAUGUCCCCAUCGCCAGCAGUUCUCCAUAGAUUCGUCCUCUACGCUUCUGCUCAUGCCCUCAUGGCCUUCCACUUCGGUGUUCCCAUACCUGGGCGUCAAAAUUGUCACGUCUUUCCCGCAGAAUUCUGCCCGGAACUUGCCGGGGAUCAACGCUUCGUACCUUCUCUUUGAUUCAGCUAUCGGAAGGCCUUUGUCAUGCAUCGAUGGCACAGAAAUGACCCUUUGGAGGACGUCCUGUGUGUCGGCGCUGGCUGCUCGAAAGUUGGCGAGGGAGGACGCAGGAGUUCUCGUGAUGGUCGGAGCAGGCGCCCUCGCUACUCAUUUAAUCAGAGCUCACCUCACGGUGAGGCCUAGUCUGAAGAAGGUGUUCAUCUGGAAUAGAACAGCUGAGAAGGCCAUAUCUUUGGUAAAGAAGUUGCAGGAGGAAGUUAAUGGGGUUCAGUUUGUGCAUGGUGCUUCCUUGGGUGACAUUAUUGGAGAAGGAGAUGUGGUCAGCUGCGCUACAAGCUCUGAAGUGCCUGUUGUUGAGGGCCAGAAGCUCAAGAAUGGAGUGCAUCUGGACUUGGUUGGGUCUUUCACUCCAUCCAUGAAGGAAUGCGACGAUGAAGCUAUUGCAAGAGGCAGGGUGUUUGUUGACUGUGAGGCUGCGUUUGCAGAAGCUGGGGAGCUUGUGGGAGCGUUUGAUAGGGGAGUGAUUUCGCCUGGUGAUGUUGUUGCGACACUGCCUGAAUUGAUCAAGGGAGAGAAGAUUGGAAGGAGCUGUAGUGAUCAGAUUACGGUCUUCAAGUCUGUUGGUUCUGCUGUGGUUGAUCUCCUGGCUGCCCAACUCAUCUAUGAGAGCCAUCUUUAAAGCUCAGUUGGUAUCAGUCCUCUGUCUGCUUUAAAUUAUUUCUUAAGUUGCUUCCUCUGUUUAGAUAUUGGUGUCCUUGUGUUGUGAUGAUUGUUGUGAAUCAUCACUGUGUUAAGAUGUUUUGAUAAUUUGAUUAAAUAAAAGAUAUAACUCGAAAAUUUAAUGUACCA